CGUCACGCAAACAGCGCCUGCAAUUAAAGACUAUAGUGCGAUUCCAGGCCCGAAAGAAUUGCCACUCAUCGGAAAUGCAUGGCGAUUUGCACCCAUUAUAGGUCAAUACAAAAUCCAUGAACUGGACAAAGUCAUGUGGUCCUUGUACAAGGACUACGGAAGUAUAGUGAAAGUCGGUGGACUGGUUGGCCAUCCGGAUUUACUGUUUGUUUUUAAUGGUGAUGAUAUUCAGCGUGUUUUCCGGCAAGAGGAAGUGUUGCCGCAUCGGCCAUCAAUGCCUUCGCUACAUUAUUAUAAACAACAGUUGCAGAAGGAUUUCUUUGAGGGAAAUGAGGGUGUUAUAGGCAUUCAUGGUGUAAAAUGGGAUCAAUUCCGUAAACAAGUGCAACAAGUUUUAUUGCCGCCGGCUACAGCAAAGAAGUACAUUGAACCAUUGAACGUCAUCGCCACAGAUUUCCUCGACAGAAUGGAAGCAAUGCGAGAUGAAAAUCAGGAAUUACCGGAAAAUUUUCUAUCGGAAAUCUACAAAUGGGCUUUGGAAUCUGUAGCACGUGUUGCGUUAGACAGAAGACUCGGUUGUCUCGAUCCAAACCUUGCAAGCGACUCUGAAUCUCAAAAAAUCAUCGAUUCCAUCAAUGUUUUCUUCUGGAACGUCGCCGAAGUUGAGUUGAAGAUGCCAGUGUGGAGAGUUUACAAAAAUAAAUCGUUUAAAAAGUAUAUUGGAGCCUUAGAAAACUUCCGAACUGUUUGUAUGAAAUAUAUAACAGAAACAAUGGAAAAUAUGGAACACAAAAACUAUGAUAAUAUCAAAGAAGAAGACAUUUCAAUUGUAGAACGUAUACUACAGAAAACUGGAAAUCCAAAACUAGCUGCUGUGCUAGCCCUAGAUUUACUUUUAGUCGGCGUGGAUACCACUUCUAUCGCAUUAGCAUCAACAAUAUAUCAACUAACACAAAACCCAGCCGCACAAGAUAAACUAUACAACGAAUUACGUGCCGUUAUGCCCACGAAGGAGUCAAAAGUGGACGUUGAAGUUCAAGAAAACAUUCCUUUCUUGAAAGCCUGUAUCAAAGAAACCCUACGGAUGUAUCCGGUAAUUAUUGGUAACGGAAGAAGUCUACAGAAAGACGCUGUGAUUUCCGGAUACAAUGUACCAAAAGGAACUCACGUGAUAUUUCCACACUUGGUGGUAUCAAAUAUCGAAGACUACUUUACGCAACCAAAGUCUUUCAUGCCAGAAAGAUGGCUGCGGAAUGCUUCGUGUCCACAUAGUCAAGAUGGCGGCGUAAAUCAACAAAAAAUACAUCCGUUUGUUUCGCUUCCUUUCGGAUACGGUCGGAGAAGUUGUUUGGGUAGACGCUUUGCAGAAGCAGAACUACACAUACUCCUUGCUAAGGUUUUUAGAAAAUACAAAGUAGAAUACAACUAUGGACAACUUAGUUACAAAAUCACUCCUACUUAUGUCCCCGAACAACCGCUCAAGUUCAAACUAGUGGAGAGACAUGAAUAAAAGACAUAACCUCAUCAUAACCCAAUUCCUAACCUCAUCUUAGCUUUAAUAAUUUUCAACCUUUGACAUCUUAUAUUAAGUGUGUUAGUUAAACAAGUGCUUUUGUAACAAAAUCACGCUCUGGUAAAUAAUAAAUAAUUCAAAAAGA